AUGCCGAAGGUGCGGGAAGCGCUGGGCAUUCAGGAGCCAAAGCUAGUGAUCUGGCUUGUCCCAUCCCUGCUCGGCCGGAGCUACUGGAAAGGACGAUCGCGGCUCAAAGAGUUCUUGCCUACGAAGACGGUUCCUGAACUGCCUGGCAAUGAGGAAAAGGUUGAGAGGCAACUGAACAUCAUCGCUCGCGAUGUGCUCCUCCCUGUGGCCAUGCAGACGAACGCACUGCUGGUCGGAAGUCCGACGGGGGUCCUGGACGCGGGGAGCUGCGGCGAGAGGAUGUAUGGCGCUGACCCCGUGCUAUGGCCACGACAUCGACUGGUGGAAGGGGCUGCUGCCUAUGUUGUCUUUGAGUGCUUGGACGAGAAGGGGUUCCUUGAUCCAAGGGCUGCGGUGCAGUUCGAGAACAUCUUUGUGUCCUCCCUGCGCAGUACGCUUCCGGUGCUGGGCUUAUGGACCGGCGGUGACAUGAAUGUCCUGAAGUAUGAGGCUUUGAACUGCGUGACGAAUGGCAUCCCCCUGGUUUUGCUUGAUGGCAGGCCGGAUCACCUGCCAGCUCGAAAGAGCGAGGAUGGAGGACCCGAUGACACCCCACUGGUGUUGGUCGAGGAAAAUCCGGGUGCGGCUGCCAACUCUGCAACCAGGCUUGACGUGGAGAAGGCUUCCGAGCGACUGCGAUUACACGCCGAAGCCCUUAACAGUCUGAACCUCUUUGACACGCAUGUCGGCUCUGCACUGGCCGGCAUUCGGGCGGCCUUGAAAAACAAGGUGAAGGAGCAGCGGGUUGACAAGCACCUGUGGCUUUACGACGCGGUGAUAAAAGCAACAGUCCAGUCACACCAUGAACGGGGCGAUGCAAAUCCGGAAGAUCACGCCCAUGAAGACGAGGAUGUCAGCACAGCCACCGCAAUCUUCACGGACUACGUGGCAGAUCAAGUGUUCAAGGACUUCUCAGUCGAUAAAUAA